UCCGAGAAAAGUAAUAGUAAAACCUUCUUUCAAUUCGUUUAGGGUUUCAAAUUUUCAUCUCAGAUGACGCUGGUUUGUUACACCGAAACCCUAACUCUGGGGGUGAAAUGCUUUGCAAACUAGGGUUUUGUGGAAUGGUAGAAAUGGGUCUCGAGGAAGGGACAAGCAAUGGUGAAGGAACAGAGAGAGGGGAGAAAAUUAAGUCCUCCAAAAGUAAACCAGUGGAUAAUGGGUUUGGAUAUGAAUGUAUGAUUGAUUCUGGUGAUGGAAGUUCAGGAGCAAGUGAGAGUUUCCGAACAUAUAAGAGACGCAGGCAGUUAAGUUCGAGUUCAAAGGUCAAAGUGCAAGAUGGUGGGAAAGCAUCGGCAAACCAGGUCAGUAUUCCUGGGACUGAUCAUUGUGGUUCUUUAAAUGACAAAAAUUAUUGUCCACAAAGGAAGUGGAGAAAUGUUAAUGUUGUAUUGGAGCACAUGCAUCAGUUAUUAAGUGGUGAUGAAGGUGGUAUACAGCGUUGCAUUCAAGAUGCACUUUUAUUUCUCCGAGAAAAUGGUUGUAAUGUGACAUUUAAGGAUUCUGAGGAGCUGGAGGCUGUCAUAUCUAAUGGGUCCUUUAAGGAGUCAAAAUCUCAAACCACCACUGAGAUGUGCCAGCGUGUUUUCUCUGAAGUUAUAAUUUCUGAAAAAUUCACAUCUUUGUGUAAGCUUCUAUUUGACAAUUUCCAAGGGAUCAAGCUUGAUAACCUUUUUCACUUAAGUCUCAUGAACUCAAAGAUGAAAGAUGGAGCUUAUGAGCAAUUACCUAUGCUUUUCUCCUCAGACAUUCAGCAGAUAUGGAGAAAACUUCAAGAAAUAGGAACUGAAAUUGCAUCCCUCGCAAAGAGCCUCUCAAACAUAUCAAGCACAUCUUAUCGUGAAAAAAUUGGCUGUUCUGGUGUUGCUGUUGAAGAGGAGAAACAUGAGUUCCGUACUCGGGAGCUGGAAUCUCAUGUUAAACUGCCGCAAACUGAAGCUUGUGGUGUGUAUAAAGUUUGCACUUGCAGGCAUUGUGGGGAGAAAGCAGAUGAGAAGGAUUGUUUAGUUUGUGAUUCAUGUGAGGUAAUGUACCAUGUUGCCUGUAUUAACCCUGCUGUGAUGGAGAUUCCUCCAAGAAGUUGGUAUUGUGCAAUCUGUACUGCGAAGGGAAUAGGAUCUCUGCAUGAGAACUGUGUGGUAUGUGCGAGACUGAAUGUCCCAGGGAAUCUCUACGAAGAUGUUGCUGAUGAAAACCAUAAUGGAAACUGUGAAAUGUUUACUGACCUGGGAGAAAAUUCAAACUGUAGCAUCGACCAGGGGACUCAAUCUCAACAACAGAGCAAAAACCAACAUGAUUGUAAAAUUUGCGGAAGUGUUGUUCAACAAGGUGAGGAGUUAAGGAGUUGUGAGCAUCCCUUCUGCCCCCAUAAAUAUUAUCAUGUGAGGUGCCUGACAAUGAAACAGUUAAAAUCAUAUUGUUCCCUUUGGUACUGCCCUUCAUGUCUCUGUAGAACUUGCCUCGUCGACAAAGAUGAUGAUAAGAUUGUUUUAUGUGACGGCUGUGAUGCUGCAUACCACAUUUAUUGCAUGAAACCACCGCGAACCUCAAUCCCUAGCGGGAAAUGGUUUUGCAGAGAAUGUGAUGCUGGGAUCCAACUCAUACACAGAGCUAAAAGGGCGUACCAGAAUCGGGAAAAUAAGCUAAAAAGGAAAGGCAUAGGAGGCAAACUGGCAUAUGAUAAUCUGGAAACGAGUCAAAAUCUGGAAAACAAAGAGGAGACGAAUAAAAGUAGAGGCGGAGUGGACAUGCUUCUGACUGCUGCCGGUACUCUACAUUUGGAGGAGAAGUUGAAUGCUAUUCAGAUGAAGACAUAGAAAGAGCCUUGCACUUGGAGGACAUAACAAAAUUUAGAGUUGUUGGUUACGGGCAACUCCGAACGACAACUUAUUCUUCAUUUUUUCCGGCUGGGGAACGGAUGUUCUGAUAUGUUGUAAAACUUCAUCACAUUUUGCUGGCACCACUAACAGGUGAUUGAUGAAGUAAAAUGAUAGACUUGUAAUAUGAGAAGAAUUACACAGUUUAGAGAGGAGAGUUAUGUGAAGCAAUGGUUUCUCAGCAAAUGUUUGUAUAAUUGUGUAGAAAACUGUGACCAAACAACCUGUUUUUAUUGAUGAAAAGUUCAGUUUUUUCCUUUUUUCA